UGAUUUUUUUUGAGAAUAUUGUUUGUAACAAUCUUAAAAUGGAAAAAGACAAUUUUCUGCCAAAAAUAAGAAAACUGAUAAAAUCAAAAUUAACUGAUUUAGAUGUCUAUGUUGAUGAAGAACUAAUAGAUUAUAUAACUGUGUUAUUGAUAAACAAAAAAAAUGCAAAGCAAAUGAUUGAGGAUUUAAAUUUAUUUUUAAAUGAGCAUUCUGAAACAUUUGUUAAAUGGUUAUUUAAAACUUGUGAAAACCUUCAAUCAUUAAAUCAUGAUGAGAAGAAACAUGAAAAACAUAAAGAAUCAAGAUCACAAAAAUAUAAAGAAAAAAGAGAAGAUAAUGAAAAAUUAAAAAAAAAUGAAACAAUAAUGCAUUCACGAAAAACACAACAUUCUACUGCUCAUAAGAGAAAAUCGGAUGUGGAUAGUAGUUAUGACAGAAUGAAAAAUAAUUAUAAUCAUCAGGAACCAUUUCUAGAGAAUAAACAUAAUUCAAAUGAGUCUUCAUACUCAUAUAAAAAGAGAUCUCACAUAUCCCCUGAAUUGGCAAUUAAGGCAUCAGAUAAUAAAAAUUAUGAUUUGGAUCUUAGCAAAAGACAAAGAAUAAAUUCAACAUUGCCUUUAAAAGAUGAAAUAGUUGACUAUGUUAAACCAGUUUCAGGUGAAGUUAUAUAUUCCAUAGUUUCGGAUUCUAUUGAAAUUAGGGCAAAUGAAACUCCAAUUGAUAACAAUCCUUAUUCCUCAUUAAAUAGUUUGAAGAACAAUCAUGAUAAAAAUCCUUUACCCUCUAAUAAUUCCAUUACUAUAAAUGUUAAAAGCAAUGAAAAUAUGCAGACUGUAGAAACAUUUAAACAUAAUUAUGAUAAAGGUAGCACUGUCAUAAAUCAGAAAUCAAGUAAUAUGGUAGACAAAACAGAUAAUAGCAAUGACCAAAAUAUGUCCCUUAGUGACUAUACUGAAUUCUCUUCUCCAAAUCUUAUACAAUCUGCUGUUGUUAAAAUUGAUAAUGCUACUAAAAGGCAAAAUCGGCCAUCACAAGAAUUAUUUUUGAAAGCUUUACAAGGCACUGAUUUGCGUUGCAAAUUAAGGAAAGACUAUGAAGGAAAUCAAAAUACUCACCGAGGCCAAAUUCCACUGACCUUAGAUGAAGUUAAGCAACGAAGAUAUGUCAGAUCCAAUUCAAGAGAAAAACUCGAAAAUAUUAAACCUAUUUCCCCAAAGAAACAUCACGAUCUUUAUCGUACCUCUAAAGAUGAGCCAAUCAAUACAUCAACUAACUUCAAUCGUACCAUUAUAAAAAUUCCCGAAGAACGAACAGAAUUCAUAGUGACACUCAAUGAAGCUCCCUCCUUUUUAGUCACAAAAAAUAUAAAAAAGGCAGGAGAUACCAAUGGUUUGGUGAGGAAAUUCAUAAGACCUUUUUCCAAAAUGAAUGAUCCUGGAGAGAUAAUUGACAAUGCAUUAAACAUAAUUGAUCGAACAGUUUUGUCUGGAAACAGAUUAGGAAAUGAUAGCAUACUAUUAGACGCCAAAGAAAAGGGGAACGUUUUUGGUCGAUUGGGAACAAUUGAAGAAAUUGAAUAUCUACAUUCGAUAGAACCAAGCCAAGAUAAUACUAAAAUGGAAGAUGACACUGAGGAAGGAUUAUUAAAUGAACGUUGCAAAUUUUGGCCUCUUUGCAAAAAUGGAGAGCAAUGCAGUUAUAAACACCCUACCCUACCUUGCAAAAAUUUCCCUGAUUGUACAUUUGGUGACAAAUGUUUAUACAUACAUCCUAACUGUAAGUUCGAUGCCCAUUGCACUAAAAAGGACUGUCCUUACACCCACGCUAGUAUUAGGAAAGAAUUGUUUCAUCCGAACAACAAAUCUCAGUACCCAACAGUGUAUAGUAAGUCGCUUACUGGGCUGCCUCUUUCCACUAAUAAAGUUCCGGUUCCUAACUCCGCUUCUCCUCCUGUCUUAAGACCCAUUUCUACCAUACCAUGUAAAUUUGGAGUAGGAUGUUUUAAUUCUCAAUGUCUCUUCAUGCACCCACCGGACUGCAAAUUUGGGAACUAUUGCACCAGAGCUGAUUGUAUUUUCGCCCAUCCUCAAGCUUUAAUAAAGUCUAAAAUGAAAUGGGUAUCACCUAAUUACAAUAAUAUUCCUCAAACUAGCACACAAAUCAUUACUACCUCAGUUAAUAGAAAUAUGUUUGUCGCUAAAAGGAGCAAUAUGGAUAAUACUACUUUGUUGAUGACUUCGUCAUAAAUGGAAUAAUAUUUAUUUUAUUCCCAAUUAAAUAUUUAAUUAGACGCAUAAGUGUUAUUGAAAUACUAUAUAAAAUAUUCUACUCAAUUAUAACCAUUGUUUCAUUUUCGCUAUAUAAAUUAUAGUAUUUUAUUUAAUUAAAAUAAAUUGACAAACAUG